UUGCGCAUGCGGACACGCACGAGCCCAGUGCAGCGCGGAGGCUUGGGUAGUGCGCCUGUGCGGCCGGCGCAUCCCGAUGGAGCGCAGCGGCAGUUCUAGAGCGGGAUCCCGGGCUGAAGGGGCUACUCGAGGCGCUCCGCUCUCCGGGAAAUCAGCCGAGUCAGUCCCUGUGCGGACUUUGCCACCAUCCAGUAUCCGAUCUGCAGCUAUGGAUGGAUUUUUAAAAUCAGACGAGAGACAAAGAUUAGCUAAAGAGAGGCGAGAAGAAAGAGAGAAAUGUCUGGCUGCCCGGGAGCAGCAGAUCCUAGAGAAAGAGAAAAGAGCCAAGAUCCAGUAUGAAAAGCAAAUUGAGGAGCGAUGGCGAAAAAUGGAGGAGCAACGGCAGCGUGAGGACCAGAAGAGAGCUGCUGUGGAAGAGAAGAGGAAGCAGAAGCUCCGGGAGGAGGAGGAGCGGCUGGAGGCGAUGAUGAGGCGGUCCAUGGAGCGUACCCAGCAGCUGGAGCUUAAGAAGAAGAAUUCGUGGGGAGCCUCCCUGGCCUCAGGAUCUGGAGGACGUGAUUGUGAAUCAGAAAAUACCCCACCCCCUCCUGUAGGUUUAGCAACCAGCACCCUCCCUCCGGAUACAGGGACCGCUGCCACCACUGCCGAACCUACCAACGCAUGUGACACACUUUCAACAUCAACCAUGAAUUUGCCAAAGCAGACGGAGCCUCCCAUGAGUAAACGCCUGUCUUCAUCCACCGUGGCAAUAUCCUAUUCCCCAGACCGAGCUCAACGCACUCACCUUAGUCCCAUGGAAAACUUUCUUGUUAUGCGACUGUUGACACCCACACAGGCUUCUUUAGCCAGAAGCAGAAGUGCAUUCAUGUUCUCUGAGCAUGCCAGAGAUUCAGUUUUCCAUGCUUGCCCUCGUGCAGCUCCUGCUAGCCCUCUUAGAUCUUCAUACAAGUCUUCUCCUACCCGAACCACCGAGAGGAAGAAGCCUGCAUCUGCACUGAGCACAGGAGGUGCUGGGAAGGAUGCUCUGGCAGGAGCAGAAGCAUCUUCGAUGGAGAAGAUGAAGAAGGGGCAGCGAGCUAUGGCUUCUGUUCCAGCUGGGGGCCUUGGGUCCCCACUGAAACGCUAUGAGCUUUCUGGAGACUCUCCCAAGAGGUCCUCCUCUCCUGUAACUCCCAAGACAACUUCAAAAGCAUAUCCACAGUCGCCAAAGACAGUGAAGCCACCAUACGCAGGGUCUCCUGUGAAAUAUCGCUGUUCCCCUAUUCCUAGCCAAGAAACACUCAAGAAGAAAGCAGAUAAAGAGAAGAGCAACAAGGAAAGGGAAGGUGCCUCUGGCCUACACAGAGAGGAAACUCCAGAGAAGAAUGUGGCCAACAAGGCUGCCACUAAGAAGCCCGUGGCUGACAAGGGUGCCUCCAAGAAGCACGUGGCCAACAAGGGUGCCCCCGAGAAGCACCUCGAUGACAAGCGUGCCUCUGAGAAACAAGUGGCCGACAAAGAAGCCACCGAGAAGCAUGUGGUUGACAAGGAUGCCAUUGGGAAGCAUCUAGAUGAAAAGAAUGUCACCGAGAAGCAUCUAGAUGAAAAGAACGCCACUGAGAAGCAUGUGGCCAACAAAGAUGCCACUGAGAAGCGUGUGGUUGAAAGGGAUGUCACUGAGAAGCACCUGGCUGAUAAAGAGGUCACUGAGAAGGCUGAAUUAGAUGCCAUCAAGAACAUAGCUGACAAGGAUGCCACUGAGAAGCAAGUGGCUGACCAGGAUGCCACUGAACGUCCUGUGGCCGACAAGGAUGCUACCAAGAAGCAUGUGGCUGAGAAGAGUGCCACUGAGAAGCACGUGGCCGACAAGCGUGCCAUUGAGAAGCAUGUGGCCGACAAGCGUGGCACCGAGAAGCAUGCUACCACAGCCUCCGGGAAGCCCACGGCAGGCACCAUGGACGCCGGAGAGGCAGCAAAGAUCCUGGCUGAAAAGAGACGUCAGGCUCGGCUGCAGAAGGAACAAGAAGAGCAAGAGCGCUUGGAGAAGGAGCAACAAGAGAGGCUGGAACGAGAGGAGUUGAAAAGAAAGGCAGAGGAGGAAAGACUACGCCAAGAAGCGGCAGCUCGUAAGCAAGAAGAGACAAAGAAGCAGCAGGAAGAGGAAGAGAAAAAGGCAGGAAAGGAGGCCAAACAGAAGGAUAAGGAGGAACUGUUGUUGAAAGAGAAGCAAGAAAAAGAAGAGCAAGAGAAGGCCUUGAUUGUAAAGCAGAAAGAAGCAGCAGAAGCAAAGGCCCAGGAGGCUGCUAAACAGAUGCGUCUAGAAAGAGAACAGAUCAUGCUGCAGAUUGAGCAGGAACGGCUAGAGAGGAAGAAGAGAAUAGAUGAAAUCAUGAAGAGAACAAGGAAGAGUGAUACGCCUCCAGAAGUAAAGAAGGAAGAAUCUCCCAAAAUGGAGAUUCAGCCUGGUAUGUGUAUGGAAAAUAAGACAAAACCGAUUGUACCCAAUAAAAUAGAAAUCAAUGGGUUAAACACCUGCCAGGAAGUUAAUGGUGUGGGACCUACUGCCCCAGAAACGUUUCCUCGAGACAUUUUCUCUAAUGGGCUUAAACCAGUUGCGGGCCUUGUUCAUUUGGAUGCCCUUGAUGGAAAGUCAAACAGUUUGGAUGAUUCCAUUGAAGAAGUUCAGUCUAUGGAUGUGAGCCCUGUUUCCAAAGAAGAACUUAUCUCCAUCCCAGAAUUUUCACCAGUGAGUGAAAUGAUUCCUGGUGUGUCUCUGGACCAAAAUGGAACUGGCAAUGCUCGAGCACUUCAAGAUAUCUUAGAUUUCACUGGGCCCCCAACGUUCCCCAAGAAAUCCAGUGAAAACCUCAGCCUGGAUGACUGUAACAAAAACCUCAUUGAAGGAUUUAACAGUCCUGGCCAAGAAACUACUCUGAAUACCUUCUGUUGACAAAACAACGACCUUUUCAUGAAAGGUGGUGUUUGGAGCACCCAGGAAGCCGCUGGGAGUCCAAUCUGAGCUGCUGGCCACCUGAUGAAGCUUCUGUAGCCGCAUUCCAAAAUACUAGAUUGGAAUGUAACUGUAUUCCUAGGUAGUAUGUCAAACACUGGCCUCUUGGUAGAAACCUCCAGACUUUGGCCUUACUGGGCUUUAGUGACGUUUUGUUCUACAGUUCUAGUUAUGAGCUUCUGCUGCUGCUUUCUCUAUAUUGUCAUGGUGAUCCUCUCAACCCGAGUGAUGGCUGGCUCAGCAGUUCACCUAUGACCACUCUCAUUCUCAGAUUUGGAGCACAAAAUCAUUUCGAUAUCUCUUCCUAUUAAAUACUCUAUACAUGACCAGAAUUCUGGUUAAAUAUGUACUCCACUUGAGCUGUGUAUCUCCCUGUCUUUGUUUAGAUGGAGAAGAAAUUCAGCAGUUUCUCUCCCUCUCGAGUUUCUCUGUUGGAAAGUAAUGUCAUGAAAUCCUUUUAUUAUGAUUAUUAUUAAUUAUUAUGAAGCUUUGCCACCUGAAUAUGCAUUAACCACAUUACCAUUUGGGGGGUUCAAGUUGAAAGUUUGGUUAGACAAGGAAGAAAGAAACAAUGGGUAAUGAUUUCUUUUCUCUUACUCAUAUUUUUGUGUACCUGAGCAACUCAAUCUAGCCAGGGCUUUUUCUUGUCAUACCUUAACAAUCUCCAAACCAUUCAGUGACCUUCCAACUGAAGGAGUCAUGUACAUAUCUCACAUGCAGGUGGUUGAUUUUUGAUGAUUUUACUAUUGUUUUGCUGUUAGAUCUUGGGAUUUUCUUUUCUUUCUUUGAUUGUUCCCGUUUUCUCCGCUGUAAUAAAGCCAGGCACAUAGUCAUAAAAGUCAUAGUACUCUGAAACAAGGAGACCUCACAUUGGUCCCAGUACAUCACUUUAACAGACUUGAACAUAAAAAAAAAUCAGAAUCUGGGGAAGAAUGCCACUAGAAUGAAAAUUCCAUGUAGUUUAUGCCAUAUAUGCUGUUUCCUUAAAUUAAUUUCUUGUGUUAAAUGUGGCUUUCAAAUCAAAAUGACCUUUUCUUGUUUGAGACAUUUGUUUCAACUUAUACAGUGAAGAGUUUGGAAAGAGAGGUUUACCACCAGGAGAUAUAAAGAUGUUUCACUAGUAAUCUUGUCCAUGCGCUUUUAAAGCCAGCUACAGUUUAAGACUUUAUUAGCUAUGGAAACUGUAUGUUUGUGUAUGUGUAUAUACUAAAUAAAAUACAUGCCUCCAAUAAUGCAGUGUAAUUGAUCUUGAUGAAUACUGUGGAAUCUCUUUCAUGACAAACAUACCGAAAACAAUAGCAUGGUCUGACUUGCGAAAAUGCCUGGCCGUCUUUGUUACAGCUUUCUUUUGCUAGAUGUCUGUUUUGUUGUGAUCUGUUACACCUCAU